AUGGUUUUGAAGACCAAGAAAGUAGAUCUUGACAAAUCGAAGUUUGGUCUGAGACUCUUCACCAAAAAAGGUAAAGUCAAAGAAACAAUUUCAAAUGUAAGUAGAAUCAAGGAUGUCCACAAACGACAACAUUCGAGCGCUAGCCGAUCAGCGAGGAGCAUUCCUGUUUUGUCCAUCAGGAACGGUAUAUUGAUGAGUGUAGUGCGGCGGAGUGAUCGGGAGUUACUCAAUCAUGACUCGGUGAAAACUCCAGAUGGCUGUGGAUUGAACCUAGUGCAGCACUGCGGCAUUGGAGAGUGCCAAUAUCGAGAUGGAAGGCGAUAUGCGUUUGCUCAAGAUGUACAUGAUACCCCCAUUUUUGUAAUCAAAAAUCAGAGAAGAUCGAAAAUGGAUAUCUAA